GGUCCGGAGAAGCCGGGAAAACAUCCGGAUGCUGUGAUAGGCCGGUCUACCAUUAGUUUUGGGAGCAGUCGGAUCUGGGCACGCCCAUCCGAGGCGUACCAACCAUCCCCAUCAGCCUCGGUGUUAUCUUACUCUCUUUCUCUAACUCACAACUUAGUGACGCUCUGUAUCAACUACUACCCCGACAGUAUUACUGGGAUAAUAUUAUCGAGAUAUACGCACCUACUCCAGAACCAUGGCUCUCUAUACGCGACACAAUCAUUGCCAAGACUGAUACUACGUCUGCUAAGUAGCUAAAGUUAUUGGUUGUCUGUUUGUUACUAUUCUGAUACUUGUAGUAAAAAAAAAACCUGACAUCUUUCGUGGCAAGCAUUCGUUAAUGAAAUGGAUUAUCACUCAUUUGUUUCGUUAUAAUUGCUACUAAUCCUGUUACUGUCAGUGCUUAAAAAGUGAGUGAAUCAAAAGUUGAUACAGUGUCAAAAACUGUAAGUGUUAACAAGCUUCAGCGUAACGCGUGCCAGCUAUCAGUCGACACUUUAAAGAGCAAGUGGAAGAAGUGUUGGUCAGCGUUCAGUGAUCACAAGUUACGUUCAGUGCAAUACGAUGUCAGUUCCAAGGAGAUAGAACUGUCAGUACGAUUCCUCCCCAUGUAAGAUGUGGAGGAUGCAUCAGGAGCCGCGAACGCUGUCCCCACAUGCAGAGGGUCCGAUUACGUGUCUAGACCCUGAGGAAGUGAAUCUGCGAGCGGUGGUGCCGAGGGAAAAACGACGUGGAUUGCUGCUCCACGUGCGAACUGGUGACCCCUUUGUUGUUGGGUUCGAACAUUCUAAGCAGCAGAUGCUGGAGACAAGUGCUCGGGCGGGUUCGCCAAUAGCAUCCCCGGCCUCAAGGAGCAGUGCAAUGGAGGAGGACAUCGAUGACGCAAAGAAGGGUCUAUUAAAUCAGGAAGAUGAAGAAGAUAAUGAGGUUGAUGAUGUUGACAAUGAGGAUGUUGCAAGUAGAAUGAGGCUGUCGUCAAGGGGAGUGAUUGAUGAUGAUGAAGAAGACGAGGAGGAUGAAGCGGAGAAAAACGGGAAUUACGAUGAAGAUGAAGACGUCGAGGUAGACGUGUGCCGCGAUCUCGAAAGCAAUCCCAGCAGCCCAGUUGAUUUGACGGCUUCCUCUAGAACAAUGAGUGUCAAUGAACAAUUUAUUCCUUUUGGGAACCGGGCUGUUGGAUUGUUAUCGUGCUUACCGUCUAGUGGUGGUGCUGGUGGUACUGGUGGUGCUGGUGGUUGUGGUAUUGGUAGUGGUAAUGGUGACAAUGAUAGUGCUGUUAUUAGUGUUGGUGGAAAUCCCAAUGGUAUUGUUGUUGUUAACCACACAACAACUGCUAUGGCGCCUUAUCUAGCAACUGGACAUGCUACUGGAUCUAUGAUUACGGGUCUUUGCACUACUGGAAGUCAAUUACGAACAAAUUUCUCUAAUUCGCUUUCGGGGAGUAACAGUGUUGCUAGUGGUAACAAUUGUUUAACGAGUACUAAUGCUACUGUACAAAACAACAAGCGUGGACUUGCGUUCUCCGUAGAAAAUAUCCUCGACCCUCAUAAAUUUACCGGCGGAAGGGUAAUUCAUGAUAGAGGACACCGUAGACGACGGAGAAAUGGGAGCUUGCAUGAAGAUGGUGACUCAAGAGGAGAAUUGUGCAGCAGCGGCCAAGAAGACGAGAGCAUGCUUGACCAAGUGGAAGACAUGGAGGAAGAAGUCGACGAAGACGAUGAAGACGAUGAAGACGUUGAUAUGCAGGGAAUCGAUGACCGCGGAACACCAACCGUAACUCGAGACACCGCGUCAACGGGGUCAAACGGCAGCAAGAAGAGACAAUCUUCUUCAUCAUCAUCAUCUUCAGGUGGUCAGAAUCCGUCUUGUCAAGGUGGAUCUUCACAAAACGGCGGGUCAUCGGGUGGAUCUGCUGGUGGAAAACCCCGUCGGGCACGGACUGCGUUCACGUACGAACAGUUAGUGGCGUUGGAGAACAAGUUCAAGACAACAAGGUACCUCUCUGUUUGUGAGCGGCUUAAUUUGGCCUUAUCACUGUCGCUGACAGAGACCCAGGUGAAGAUAUGGUUCCAGAACCGGCGUACCAAGUGGAAAAAGCAGAAUCCUGGUCUAGAUGUCAACAGCCCAACUGUGCCAACUACUCCGCCUCACCCUUCCCCCUACGCUCCAGCAUUCCUGUUCGCUGCCCAUCCACAUGCCCAUCCUCACGCUCAUACGCAUCCUCAUCAGCAUCCGCACUCUCACGUGCAUCAUGCUCCUCCUCCACCACCGCCUCCAGGUUACUACCACCACCCAGCUCCACCUUACGGAUCUUCGCCAACAUUUUUUGGACAUCACUUGACUGGGUCACCCGCGGUUACAGCACCAACGUCGAUAAGCGCAUCAUCAGCAGCAACUACCUCCAGCGUAGGUCUGUCAUUGUCGUCACACCAUGUACACGCACACGCGCACUCACACGCGUAGCGAGCGGUCACGCAACUUGGUUUAAUCUCGUCCUAAUAAUAGUAACGAGUUCCCUUUACAAAUUGUUUAAUUAGACCUCGAUUUUGUCUAUUCAAUUUUCUAUGCGUAUCACACUAUUUUAUUUACAAUCAGUUGAAUCACUGUCCGCACAAUAUCGUCUCUUGCUCGACAAAUUUGUCAUUGACAAAGCGACAAAGAGACAUUUAGUACCUGGCUUUCUCCCCGAAACUCGACAUUGUAAUCCAAACAUUUCCGUUAAUGCUCCCUGAUUACCUACGAUUCCGACUAUACAAUCAUGUGUGUAACUGUACUAUACGUGUGCAUGUGUGAGUUUAUGCAUAUAUCGCACAUGCGUUAGGGCAGUGACCUGAUUAACCGAGGAUUUGUAAUUAAUUAAUGAUGCCAAAGUCUUGUAUACCGUGUGUGAUUGUACACUGAGAAGAGCAACUAAUCCAAUUGUGUAUUUUCUAAAAAUCCAUAUUCUUUUUCUUGACUGUUUUUAUCCACGUAACAGAAUCAAUUGUAAACAGAAAAUGAGACCAGUUUUUUUAGAGACUACGCAAUAACAAGAUACUUAAAAGUCUUCGAUGAUGAUUAUUAUUGUAAUGAUGAUGUGCAAAAAUUACUAUUAAUUAUAAUUAUGUACAAGUGUGAUAAUUAAGAGAGUAAAUAUAGGUUUAAGGUACUAUAAGAUGUGAAUGUGGAUGUGAAUGAAUAAAAAGAUAACUAUUAUUGACAAAUGUAAAAUAAAUGCUAUUAUGUUAUGCUUGUAAAUAAUUUAGCAUGUAUAUCUGAUAAAUGUUUAUCUAAGCAACCAAUCCUGAAGCCCACUAUUUUUUUUAAACUCCUGAAAGCCUGCAUAGCAUGUACGAUAUUAAAUAUUUUUCCACAAAACCAUUGAAACGUAAAUUAAUAUUAGUCUUAAAUAAGUUUCUUGCAUAAAAGGAGGAUAAUUAGGAGAGUUUAAACCAAAUCGUACGAUGGCAAUGAAUUCAUUUUUUGCUUUGAGGUUUCUGGAACCCCUUAGCCAUUACGGCCUUUAUGCUUC